UCCCUUUUAAGUUUUGCCUGCCUUCCCGGUGAACGUCCUUUUGGUGCUUCAUCGGGUGCGGAGCCUUUCCUUGUUUCUUUCUUAGAAAGCAAGGUAAGGGCGGACGGGUCUUCUCUUGAGUUCCCAUCGCAGCACCGCCGAUGUGCAUAGGACUGAAACAACGCUUCUGGGAGUGGUCUAUUUGGUCCCCAAGCCCCUAAAUUAGGGCUGUGCUUGCUCGGGAAGAGGUAUCCUUGCAGACGGAAAACCAGGAAGCGACCCUUUCGAAAGGGAAGAGGAAGCAGCACCCGCUUCUUUUAAUUGGGUUUGGUGUCCAGUCAUGGUGGGCCAUCACGACCACAUGUUCAAAGUCUUAAUUAUUGGUGAUGCCACAGUUGGGAAGACCUCUUUAGUCCAGAGAUAUGCUAAUGACAGCUUCAACAAGCACUACAAGUCUACGGUGGGAGUGGAUUUUGCUCUGAAGGUGGUGCAAUGGUCAGAGUCUAAGACAGUGAGGUUACAACUAUGGGACAUUGCUGGUCAAGAACGUUUCACAUCAAUGACUCGACUAUAUUACAAGGAGGCAUCAGCCUGUGUCAUCAUGUUUGAUGUCACCAAUUUUAGCACAUUUAUCAAUUGCCAGAAAUGGAAACAAGAUUUGGAUAGCAAGGUGAAACUGCAAGAUGGAAGUCCUAUCCAUUGUCUGCUAUUGGCUAAUAAGAGUGAUCUUUAUCCGUGGGCUAUGACUAGAGAAGAAAUUGACCAAUUCAGCAAAGAGAAUGGCUUUACUGGUUGGACUGAGACAUCUGUCAAGGAAAACAAAAAUGUAAACGAGUCAAUGAGGGUCCUUAUUGAAAAAAUGAUGGCCACAACAUGGCCAGGUGAUAAAGACAUGUCUGUUUCAGGCCAUGGGGACUAUAUCAAUCUGAAAGAUGAACCCACAUCCAACUGGGGUUGCUGCUAACUAUAUUUGCUUCUUCAUCUGACCAGAGGUCUAAAGUGCCAUUCAGACAAAUCUAUAUACUUUUUAAAGCACUCACAAAUUCUCUCUUUGCACUGUUGAGAAAAUCAGAAGAGAAGGCAAUCCCUCAUUCUAGCAGGGACAAUGGAAAAUACUGCUUAUGAACCACGAUGUACAUUUUCCCUAUUUCAUUCAGCAUUGUCUCUUCAGCUUCCUCAAAUAUGAAGAAUCUUCUGCUGAUUUCAGCUCCCAGCAAUUAAAAGAUCUCCACUCCUCUUGAUCAAAAAUACCAUUGCAGGGAGUAUGGGUAUUGGGACCUUUCAAACACCCAAAAGCCUAACCUAAUGAAUCUUGUUGUGUUUGACAGUUUAUCUGCUAAGUCUUCCUCUGCUCACAUUUAGCACAGACUUCUUUUAAUGAGUCUUUUGUGGAAAGAGGCUUUGGACUGCCUUGUGACGCAGCUGCUGAAUCCUCUUACCGCAGCUUUUCUUGAAGUGCCAUUUUUGGGCCAUGAGAAGUCAGUUGCUACUUUUGUCUUUUUCGCCAAUAAUGUUAUGUCUAAACCUAGGAAAAUUCUAUGAACUCUGACCAUUUUUGUCCCUGCUUUUAUGUCAGGCAUGCAGUUGUUAAUCUCUUUCUUGAAGUUAUUUAAUUAAAGAGCCAGUGGUGAAGAGAGGUUAAAGCCAUAGACUUCAUUGCACUGAUACACCUUAACUAAGGCACCAGCCACAUUUGUUGACUUUAAAGCCCUUUCUCUUGCAGGAUCUAAUUUGCCUCUUUCAGAUUCUGAUGAAUUACUUGUCUUCAGCCAUCCAACUAAGAAGGGUUAGAUAGCCAGCAUAGCAGGCUGUUUGAAAGACCACCUACUGAUUUAGUGAUCUGAGGGACAAAACAAAAUAAAGAGCAUAGCAGGACAAAAGCUAAAGUUAAAAUAUUUCCUGUGCCUUUUAUUUUUUAAAAAAGUAGCAGGAAUUAACCCAAUUUUCCUGGGAUUAUUAGCUGGCAGCCUUCUGUUUUUGGUGAACAUAUGAAGUUAAAUCUACUUAGGUUUUUAUAAAUUGGUCAGUUCAUAAUUCAGAAAGGCUGACAUUGCAAAAUGGUCAUAAAUAUUGAAAUAUUUGAAUUUUUAAUAUUCAUUUUUAAAAUGGUCAGGGAAGUGCAGUGCUUAAGAAUAAAAUAUUCUGGGGAUGAAAAAGAUCAGAAGUUAUUGGGAGGGCUUGAUUGCAAAUAGACCUUUUGUUGUUAAUGUUUCCAUCUUGGCUGUGCUAACACAACAGCAGCAAGGACUGAAAAGCCUUAAUAUAGGUGCUUCACAAAGGUUGAACCAGUCAUCCUUCCAGAAGACUCCCAAUGGCUGUUUCAAGGGCUUUCCCAGACUCCCUUUAUGUGUGCGUGCAUAGGUGUUUUAUUUGUUUAUUUGAGCAAAGUCAUGCGCUAACAAAUUGGGAAAGCUCUUGUACUUAAGAACAGAAUGCUUUGCAGAAUUUCCUUUUCAGGAAAUUCAGUCCUUUUACACGGUCUGAGCCAGUGAUGGCUAACCUUUUUGCCAUUGCGUGCCAGGAGAGGGGGGGGAGGGUUGCGUGCACACAUGCCCACGCGCCUGCGCACGCAACCCCACCCACCCCCACUCCUGGCACAUGAUGGCCUGGUAGGCCCGUUUUUCUUUCUUACCUGGUUCCAGAUCCUCUCUAUGCAUCUGGGAAGGGAAAAAACAGUCUUUCCCACUCCUUGGAGGCCCUACGGAGGCUGAAAGGUCCCAUUUCCCAACUCUCGGUGGGAUAGGAAGUGACAUUUUUUGCUGUCCCCAGCCUCCAAAACCUCUCUAGGAGUCUCUAGGGGCCUCUCUAGGAGUCUCUGGAGGCUGGGGACAGGAAAAAACGUCACUUCCUGACGUGCCUUCCCCACUGAACCCCCAGGCCUUCCAGAGGCAGGAAACAGCCUGUUUCCCUACUUCUGGUGGGCCCAGAAGGCCCGAAAAUCAGCUGCCGGCACGCGCAUGCGCCCCAGAGCUGAGCUGGCGUGCCCAUUAAUAUGGCUCCGUGUGCCACCUGUGGCACGCGUGCCAUAGGUUCGCCAUCACAGGUCUAAGCUGUGUAGAGGGCGGGUUCUAUGUCAGCUUCUCUAUGUGUAAGUGUGUGUAUUUUCUAGAGAUUUUAUCAAUUCUAGGGGCCUUCUGUUAGAACAGCAAUGACAAGAUCUUUAUAUUUAGAUAUCUUUCUUAAUGACAAUAUCUUUACCUCUAUAUUUUUAAAGCAAUUUUGUACUGUAUCAGAAUUGAACUGGAACAGCAACUUUUGAGAGUUGCUGAGUGGGAGAACUGUGCUCCAAAAAUUUGCUUAUUUUGGGGAGUACAGUAUUCAAGCAUUACUUGGUCCUGUUUUAAACACGGAAAAGCAAAAGAGCAUAAUAUUUUUCCUACAAUAUAAGAACCAUGCAAAUGUUCUGCCUGAGUUAACAAAUAUUAGGAAAAGAAAUUCCGUAAACAGUUGUGUAGAAAAUUUCUCUUCAACAUCCAUUGGAGAGAAUCCUUAUGAGACGAACAUACUGUUUGUCUGAAAGACAGAAGUAGCUCUUGUACCAUUUUUGGGAAACAAUAUAUGAUGCAGAACUGAAUGUCUGAAGCAAUUGCUGUUAAAUAAUUGGUCUGAAGAUGUUCUAGCAGGUUGCACAUGUUUUUCUCAAGUAGCGUUUCUGGCACAGGAUCAUUUCCUUUUGAUGACAGUAAAACGGAAUUUAAUGGAUUACAUCUUAUGAAUUAAACUCAGUGCAGCUACUUUCACUUUGCAGGAAUGAUAUAAGAUUGCUUGAUGCUGUGUUAUAGUGAGAGGAACAUGUAUAGAGUUUUAUGUCUGAACUUUUGCACUGUGCUUUUUUUAAAUCACAUGAUUUUUCAAUUUGCCCUUUUAGACAAUAAAUAAGCUUUUUAAAAAUAAACAAAAAAUUCACUUA